CAGGAGAACUCCGUUCACACUUGGGUAACUUGCUCUUCCCAAUCUAUCCAAAUCCUUCUCAACUCCUGCCACCAUGACUCAUUUCUUCAGCUGUGGAAGCUACUUCCCAGGUUAUCCUUGCUAUGGAACCAACUUCUACAGGACCUUCAGAGCCACCUCCCUGAACGUUGUCGUACCCCUGGGCUCUCGCAUGAACUAUGGUCGUGGAUGCAAUGGCUACAGCUCCCUUGACUACAGCUUUGGUGGUAGCAACAUCAGCAACCUGGACUGUGGCUGUGGUGGCAGCUUUUCCAGGCCAUGGGGCUCUGGCUCUGACUUUGGCUACUGCACCUACUGAUGGACCAAUGGCUCCAGGUGACUACAGGACUCUCAAUCAAUUCUCUGUGCAUAGAACAACCUGAAGAGCAAUGACUGCCUUCCUGCCUCCGGAUGUGCUUGGGAAGUACAUCUCCCAUCUUCUUGCUGAUGUCUUACUGAGGUCCUGGUCUUUGAUGAUGCUGAACAAAUUACCCAGGCAUCAAACUAUUAUCUAAUAUGAUACUCAUGUACAGCCAAAGAAUUUCUCCAGUCUCAUUUCCUCCCUCUCCUUAAUAUGCAUCCCUUUCUCCUGCAAUGAGACCUAUGUAGUUAUUUGCUUCCUUCUGCCCUCUUCUUCAUCUAGUGAACUCGCAUGGAUCCUUCAAAAGGCCUUCCUCUGCCUCAGGGAUCUUCCCUUGCUCCAGUUAAAAUGCCCCAUCUCUGUUUACUUUAAUAUUUAUACUGCACUGUCGAAGCCCACCUACCAA